CUGACCAAAGACAUCCAGAAGGUGGCGGGACAGAUUAGGAACUGCGACUCCAGGCUGCACCAGGCCAACCACAGGCUGGACGUCCUCAACCAGAGGCCGGGAUUCGAGCUCUGCCUGGACAAUGUGAGGGCUUCUGGGGAACACACACAGGCUCCGCUAAGUCUUUCGCUGCGUCUCCGGCCGGACCGCCGCAGGCCAUCGCCGGCCGCAAGAUCAAAACCGCCGUGCGGCGCAGGAAGUAGCUCCGCCCCCCCAACGGACUCCGACCGGACGCGUCCCGACCGACCCAAAACGACCCCAGGACCCGAGGCGCCGAUGGAGGGAGAGCGGCGGCGUGCGGAGGAGGGGGCGCGUCCCAGAGCUAAUGGCGGCGUCCUACAGCUAAUGGCGGUGGCCCACAGCUAA